AUGGGGCAAAUAGGCACCAUAAAAAUCCCCUCACGCACGCUAGAUCGAUGCGGCCGUCUAGUGUAUCAUCUGGGUCUGCCCUAUUCCUUCCUGUCUUUCCAAUAUGUAGAAGAAUCUAUUAAGAUUGCAUACUGUGAAAACAAGUGCGGAAACUGCUUUUACAUGGAACCUGAUAUUGGUGGUAUAUGUGAAAACAUCACUAAAAAAGCAGAGGAAAAGCUAGCAGAGAUAGAACCCAAACCAACUGGUCAACAUUCACAUCACCACAACCUGCACAGACAUAGACAACACCACAACCAUCGUGAGGGCAGUCGUCAUUCCAAAAAUGAGAACCAUCAGGCUCCUUCUGAAACUCAAAGACAUCAUCCUCACAGUGGUCGGCGUCAUAGAGUUUUUGGCCGUAACAGACAUGAUCAGACAGGUAGUCAUGAACAGGUAGACACUGUUCCUCCAGGAGAAAGUGUGGAAAUUACACAAGAUAAAAAGCUAUGAAAAAAAGGGAAAACCAGCUGUAAAAACCAGUUAACUUGAAGUUGGCAGACAGCAUCAGACUCAGCGUCUAGCAGCUGAUGCUGUCAUUGUCGACACCUUUUGUUUGAAGAGCUAGGAAAUUCUGUCACUUGACAGUGUCGUGGAGCACUUCCAAAUUCUUGCAGGUGACAUGGCCAGCUGUCAGCAGAGGACAUCACUGAAUCUUGACAGUGACGUUUGCUCACUGACUGACAGUCACCAACAGCAGGAGCAAGUGAAACUAGUGACACUUGACAGUGACAGGAAAAGGCAAGAAACUGAGCUUGAAAAACAAACUAA